UGCGGGCGGCGCGCCUCUCCGCGUCGACGCGAGCUUGGCAGCGAUGGCGCUAUGAUGGAAGGACUGGAAAUAAACAGUAAAAGUGGGUUGCCAGCACAAAGCAACAUGGAGCAGCCAUUCACUGUGAGUUCCUUGAGAAGGCUGGCAGCUUUACCUGACCACACAGAUGUCUCACUGAGCCCAGAAGAGCGAGUGCGUGCCUUAAGCAAGCUUGGUUGUAAUAUCACAAUAAAUGAAGACAUUACACCACGGCGCUACUUUAGAUCUGGAGUGGAGAUGGAGCGGAUGGCAUCUGUAUACCUGGAAGAGGGAAAUCUUGAAAAUGCCUUUGUUCUCUACAACAAAUUUAUAACUUUGUUUGUAGAAAAGCUGCCCUACCAUCGAGACUACCAACAAUGUGCCAUUCCAGAAAAGCAGGAUAUUAUGAAGAAACUGAAGAAUAUAGCAUUUCCUAGGACUGAUGAACUGAAGGAGGACUUGUUAAAGAAAUACAAUGCAGAAUACCAGGAAUAUAUGCAAGACAAGAACAAAUGCAAUGCAGAAUUACUGAAGAAACUAGAGCAACAGAAAUUGAUUGAAGCAGAGAAGAGGAGGAUUGCACAGAUCCGCCAACAGCAGCUGGAAACGGAGCAGUUUCAGUUCUUUGAAGACCAACUGAAGAAACAAGAAUUGGCCCGUGACCAGAAAAUUAAGAAUCAUUCAGUUACAUCUGAGCAAACUGAUGGGAGCAUGUUGUCUUCGUGCAUUUCAAGCCAUCUAAACAGCACGCUCCCUGCAACCAUAGCGAACAAGAGCGAUACUUCUGCUGGGCAGUCUCCUCCCAUAACUCGGGCCUUGAAGCCAGCUGCCACACUCAGUGCUGUGCAGAACAAUGCGGCUGAAGCAAUGAGAAGUGUGGUGCUGCCCAAGGAUCUUUGUCACAAAUUUCUGCAGCUAGCAGAGUCAAAUACAGUAAGAGGAAUAGAGACAUGUGGAAUUCUCUGUGGAAAACUGACAUAUAAUGAAUUCACUAUCACUCAUGUGAUAGUGCCAAAACAGUCUGCAGGGCCAGACUACUGUGACAUGGAGAAUGUGGAAGAGCUCUUCAGUGUUCAAGACCAACAUGAUCUUCUCACUCUGGGCUGGAUCCAUACGCACCCAACGCAGACUGCAUUCUUAUCCAGUGUUGAUCUUCAUACACAUUGUUCUUAUCAGCUCAUGCUACCUGAGGCUAUUGCAAUUGUUUGUUCACCAAAACACAAUGACACGGGUAUCUUCAGACUUACUAAUGCCGGCAUGUUGGAAGUUUCUGCUUGUAGAAUGAAGGGCUUUCAUCCCCAUACCAAGGACCCUAGGCUGUUUAAUAUGUGUAAACAUGUCAUUGGGAAAGAUAUCAAAAUAACUGUUUUGGAUUUGAGGUGAUACAUAUGGGGAGAUGAAAGACCAACAGAAGAUUUGCUUCCACAAAACAGAUGCCCAAAGGAGAACAUGGCUGCCAGAUUUUCCUACAGUGUUUUCCAAAAGUUACUGACAUUUUAUAUUUGUAUGGUUUAGAUUUAAUAGUUCACUAUUUAUUACCCUUUCCCAUUUUGAAGUUAUUUUAUUGAUUUCCAAGAUACAGUUUACAGUGUCAUUCAGUCAGAAUAUGUUGUUAUACUACAAUACUGUAAAAAUAAAACAAAUUUGAAACACUGGCUGUAAUGGAA